ACCAUGUGACCUAAUGCAAUGCCUUGUGGGAGCCAGGACUCCAUUUUACACCAUCCAUGCUGCUGAAAAGACACAGUUUGCAUCUCCCUUAUGAUAGAAUCGCUGAGAUGGCGACUGCAGAUCUGAGAGACGAGCUGAGCUGCUCCAUCUGUCUGAUCCUUUAUACUGACCCUGUAACGCUGCCGUGUGGGCACAACUUCUGCCAGGGCUGUAUUGGGAGAACAUGGGACACCCAGAAGGGGUCUGGGGCUUAUUCCUGCCCUGAAUGCAGAGAGGAGUAUAAGGAGCGCCCUGCCCUGCCCAGGAACAGAACUCUGGGGAACAUAGCCGAGAGAUUCCGUCCAACUGAGACACAACUGGGGGAGAGUGAGAUCUUCUGCACCUACUGUGUCCUCUCUCCUGAACCUGCUACUAAAUCCUGUCUCCUGUGUGAGGCUUCUCUGUGUGAUACCCACCUGAGGGGGCACAGCCAAUCACAGAAGCACAUCUUAACUGCCCCCACAAGUUCUUUUGGGGAAAGGAAAUGCCCCCAGCAUGAUGAACUCCUCAAUUAUUACUGCCAUGAGGAAACCAUCUGUGUUUGUCUGUACUGUUCUGGGUUUGGGGAUCACAAGGAUCACAAUGUGGAACCUAUAAAAGAAGCGUUUGAGAAGAAAAAGAACCAGUUAAUAAAAGUUCUGCAGAAACUGCCCAAAAAGAGAGAAGAAACUGAGAGACGAGUGCAGAGACUGCAGGAGCGCAGGAGACAAGUGGCAGAAAAAGCAGCCGGUGAGACAGAGAGAGUCACUGCCCUGUUUAGAGACAUCAGGGAACAGCUGGAAGCCCUAGAGAAGCGACUCCUGAGAGACAUCUCCAGCCAGAAAGAGAAGCUCUCACUCCCUUUCACUGAUCUCAUUCACCAGCUGGAAAUAAAGAAGGAAAAGCAGGGGAAGAAGAUGCAACACAUUGAGGAGCUGUGCAGCAUGGCAGAUCCAUUCUCUCUGUUAAAGAAACUGGAAUCAGAAGAGGCUGAUAUUUGGGAAGCCGACUGCAGAGAUAUUGGGGGCAGAGAGAGCGAUGAUGGGAUGCUCCAUGAUGCCAAUGAUCUGGAUGAGGUUCUGAUUACGGGCACAUUAUACAGGGGCUUAGGAGAUAUAGCAACAAGAAUAAAGACAGAAUUAGGGAAUGAGUCAAUAAUCAUGGAUACAAACACAGCUCAUAGGGACUUGACAAUAUCAAUUGAUGCUAAAACUGUGUCCUAUUCAAAAUUAAAAGAAAAAUCCAUUUGCUUCAUCACAUUACAGACAUUUCAGACUUGUACUCAGGUAUUAAGCACCAGAAGUUUCCACUCGGGGCGACGUUACUGGGAUGUAGAUUGCAGUAAAGCAGGGAACUUGCGGGUAGGGGUGGCCUAUCCCAGUAUAGAGAGGAGAGGAGACAAUUCACUGAUUGGGAAUAAUAACAAGUCCUGGGUGCUGGUGACUCACAGAAGAACCAUUAGGAAUUUCAGAUAUGAAUAUUCAAUUGCAAUGGCACAUGAUACAAAAGAAACCAAUUUAUCUUGCCCAGACAGAUCUGGGCCCAUUAAGCAAAUCCGAGUGUUUUUGGACUAUGAGGCCGGACGUCUGUCCUUCUAUGAGCUGAGUGAGCCAAUCAGACACUUACACACCUUCAUUGCCAAAUUCACUGAACCCCUCCAUGCUGCAUUCUGGGUAGGGGAUGGCAGUGUGACUAUUGCUGAGCUUAUCAGGGGGUGACAUUGAUAAAUGUGCAGGUCUGUUUCACACGGGCGAGUCCAUUUCUUCAUCUAUUAUUCUCUCUCUGUAUCUCAGUUAUAUGAACAAGGGACUGGCAGCUUAACUAUCAAUUGCCCCUGUGUAUAUUUGCCCCCGUGCCCCUUCCAACCCAUAGAGAGAUUUGCACAAGUUGCUCCCAAUGCUCAACCUACGUCUUAAUGAAGUGAAACAAAAAUAAAAAGUGCCUUAAA